UGGCAGAAGGGGCUCUGGUGUUCCCACAGGGAGGAGUUGGGGGAGCCCCCGGAGUUGGGCCUAGGGGAGCGCGGGGAGCAGCCAGGAGGAGGCAGGCAGCUCUCGACGGAUCCAUGCAAGCCAAACGAUGACCAGCUGUGGCCAGCAGCCCUUGAACGUGCUCGCCGUCCUCUCGCUGCUCAUUUCCGCAGUCUUGUCCGCGCAUUUCCGGGUCUGUGAGCCAUACACGGACCACAAAGGCCGCUACCACUUCGGCUUCCACUGCCCCCGGCUCUCGGACAACAAAACCUUCAUCCUCUGCUGUCACCAUAACAACACGGUCUUCAAAUACUGCUGCAACGAGACCGAGUUCCAGGCGGUGAUGCAGGCGAACCUCACGGCCGGCUCCGAGGGCUACAUGCACAACAACUACACCGCCCUGCUGGGAGUGUGGAUCUACGGCUUUUUCGUGCUGACACUGCUGGUCCUGGAUCUUUUGUAUUACUCGGCAAUGAACUACGACAUUUGCAAGGUUUACCUGGCGCGGUGGGGCAUCCAUGGACGGUGGAUGAAACCGGACCCCCGGCGGUGGGGGAACCCUGCCCGGGCCCCCCGGCCAGGGCAGCCAGCCCCGCAGCCCCAGCCUCCCCCAGGGCCCCUGCCGCAAGCCCCCCAGGCCGUGCACACGCUGCAGAGAGACAGCCACAGCCCACCGCUGAUGAGCUUCCAGAGUUCGUCUGCCUGAAAACCCUUUUGCCGUGCCUCAGGAUGGGGGAGGUGAGGCCCGAAGCACCCGGCUCAGCCUCCAAGAAGAGCACCUUCAGUGAGACGCCAGGGAGAGUCGAGGCGGCCGCGGCGGUGGCGGAGGAGGAAACGCUCCCUGUGCCCAAACCCCCUUCCACGGACUUCUAAGACGAGGAGCAAACUCAGGGGUGGGGGCCGGGGGUGCAGGGAGGGGCUUCUGAGCCACCCGUCCGCAAGCAAUAGUCCCAUUUUGGGCUGGUGGCUUUUGAGAGGUGGCGCCCUCGUGGACUCAGGAUGGCGGCACAGCUGCUCUGGCCCAGCCAGGCCGGGAGGGCUCGGGCCUGCGUGUCGCGCCUGUGGCUCCCUUGCCUCUGCUCCUGCCGUAGGGGCCCCUGGGCCCAUCCGUGUCAGAGCAUCGACUGUGAGUGUGUGUGUGUGCGUGUGCGUGUCUGGCGUGUGAUUUGGGGUGUCGUUUUUGUUUGUUUGGUCUUUACUGGGGUGCCCCCAAGUUCCCUCGUGGGCAUGGGUCACCUUGUGGUGGGGCUCCGGGCCAGCGUCCGGGCUCCAGCUUCCUGCUGUGGCCGGCGGCUGUGAGCCAGAUGGAGGGGCCAGCACGGGACACAGCCCCACUGUGCCUCAGGGGGUGCUGGGGAUUUGCAAAUGCCAGCGGGGGCUGUUCUUACAGCUUCUGUUUCCAUAAUGACACUGAUCCUGAGAGACACUUCUCAGGCUGUCCCUGGGGCAGGCACUAGGGGGCGUGUCUUCACAUACACCCUCUCUCAUCACUGGGGAGGCAGGUGGGAUGAACUGCCUGCAAAAACAGCCCACAACUCACAGCCAGGAGACAAGGCCUUCUGUUUGACCUCAGAGGUAUAAGAACCCAAAGUUCAAGCUCCCCAGCCCGGGUCUCCCCAGCGGCUUCUCGGUGGAUGGGCCAUCACCCCAAGUUCUCCACCAUCACUGCCACAGAACCCUCAUACACAUGGCACAUUCUGGUUGAGCACCUGCUGUGUGCCAGGCCCCGUGCUGGGCAGUGGUGGGGACGGGAGAUGCGCCAGGCUGUUCUUGUCCCUGCCCCAGGGAGAGCCAGCAUCUGGUGGGAGAGGCAGACACAGAUCUUUGCUGGACAGAGUGAUGAGCACUGUGGAAAUGCAGAGGGGAAGGUUCUGGAAGCUGGGACUGCUACACAAACCUGGAGCCCAUAACAUCCAUCCACAGAGCUCACCACCACCGCCACGCACCCCGCUCCCCCGGGGCACACCCACGGAUGGACAUUACCUGAGAAAUGAUCAUGUAAAUCCCCAAGGGCCAGGCUGGCAGUGUAAGUACCCUCUUUCCGCUGGUGUUAGUGAUGCCAAAAACCUCCCCCGACACCCAGCUUAGCGGGCCCUCCUCCACAAACGUGUGUCCCCUCUGCUCGAGGUCUCUCACUCAGCCGGACCCAGUGUUCUCCCGCAGACCGUCUGCCCGUCAGAUGCAGCAGGGAGCAGGCAGGCCCCUGCUCGUGGUGCUGGUGUUCUAGCUGGGGCGAGAGGCCAGGGAAGAAAUGAGCAGUGAAUAAGGAAGACAGCAAGACUGGUGAGCACUGAGCCGACUGAGAAUUCCGUCCGAACAGUGUUAGCAAGGGUCUUGGUGAGCUUGGGAAGGCUUUUCUGAGCAGGUGAUAGUGAAGCCCAGACCUGAAUGGUCAGCAAGAGCCAGCCAUGGACACUGAAGAUAGGAGAGCAUGCCAGGCAGAGGCAACAGCUGGUGCAAAGGCACUGGGGCAGCCACAGGCUUGAUGGUUUCAGGGAACCCAGAGACCCAGGUUGUCUGGGAGGCAGCGGAAGGGCGGAAAGAGAAGAGGGGAAGAGAGAGCCCGUGAGCUGUGGUUUGCUGUGAGUCACCGCAGGCUGCACAAGCGUAACACCCGCCCAUCCUCUGAAAGGCAGAAAGAACUUUCUGGGGCAUCAAGAUUUUCCAUCCAGCCUGGCUCUUCAUCCUCUCAAAGCCCGGUAAAGAAGGGAUUCUCCCCCAUUUCAUGGACUAGGACACGGAGACUCAGACAGGUCAGGUGGCUUGCCCAAGGUCACAUGGGCAAGCUGAGGCCCAGGGCUUCAGUCCCGUCUCCUCCAGGCAGCGCUGCCAGGGCCCCCAGGCAUACAGCUUGGCAGAAGCAAAGCGGGAGAACCUUUGCUUAGGGUCUUGAUUGGGGAUAGGCACAGCUCCCUUUUCCCUGGACGCUGAGUCAUCCCAGGACCUGCCCAAGGGCCUCGGCCAUGCAGGGCAGCCAUUGGGCUGGGGUUGGCCCGGGUUGGUGGGGGACGCUGGGGGGACGGUAUGCCCAGCAGCCAUUCAUCCCAGCUCUAUCCCAUCACACCUGCAUCCUCUGUGCAGAGCCCCGGGAGUCAGAGGAACCCAAGCCUUGGGGAGAGGGGGCUGGGCACAGACCCAGAAUCUGACAACAGCUCUGUACUGAGAACAGUGUGACCUCAGGCAAGUCCCGUGCCUUCUCUGCCGUCGGUGGCCCUGACACUAAAAGGAAGGGAUCAGGCCAGAUAUUUAGGAGGCCUGUAUCUCUGGCUUCCUGUGGUUCUGGAAGGAGCUUCAUCUGCUGAGAAGGAGCAGGUGGCCCUGCCUCCUGGCCCCAAUCACUGGAGCCAGAGGUCACUGUCACAGAGACCAGCCGGGGUCAGGAUUCCUCUGAUUUGCAUCCCUGAGCUUGAGAACUUGCGAGAUGCUGCUCCUGGCCCCACCAGCGGUCUCUCCGGGAGUGACCGACGAGCCGUGGAGGUGUCCUGUCACCGCCGGGCUGGGGGUCUGAACACUCUGUUGUGAGCGGGCGGCCUCGCACUGUGUAGCUCAGCACACAUCCCAGACUUAGCAGUCCAACACAGGGCAGCCUGGGUGCAGAGGACAGAGCACAGGGACCCACAGCACUGCCCCUUCCUGGCUGGGUGGGCUUGGGCCAAUUGCGUCACCUCUCUGAGCCUCCGCUGUCAAGUGUGUGAGGUGGGGGUGUGGGAGGGAGGUGCCAACACUCGUUGCCUCUCCGAGUGGUUGAGGGGGUGAGGGCAGUGCACAUGGGUGCGAGCAUACGUCCAGAAGUCACUCAGGUGCAGUUCAGUCCCACCCACUGUCAAGGGCUCCUCAAGACCCCCAGGUCACGGACCGUCCCAAUGAAAACCUGCCUCCAUCCUACCGCGGCCGGCAGACGUGCCAGUUAGAGUGUCCCGAGAAUGAGACGCAGGGUAAUGACAAAUUCAAGUAGAGAUUUACAGAGUUCACGAUUUUUAGUGACUCCCUAACCUGAUUUUUCAAGCUGCCUACUUUUACUUUUUACUGUGAGCUUCUGGCUAUUUGUAAAAGUAACAAUAAUAACGCAAAAAGAAAAACAAAAACAAAAAAAAGAAAAAGAGGCUGGCAAUACGUCCACUGAGGAACUUGUCUCUGGUUCACAUCACUGACUCCCUGUAUCUGUGAGGACUUUUUCCCACUGGGAACUGUGUGUUAUUAACGAGCAGUUUUAUGCUUUUCUUCUCUUCCGUGUCUAGUGUCUUGUAUGUUUGGGACUCUCUGCUCAGAACCGAUAGCUGGUAGCCCCCAUGGGCCUCUCUGCCCUCCCUGAACCUCUGCAAUCUCCCUGCCCCUCUAGGAGCAGCUCGCUAGUGCAGACGGGCCUGGGGCCGCCAGCUGCCAGGCAGACACAGGACCCUGACCGGGACCAGGAAAGAACAGGCCUUAACUGAAAACACACGCACACGCACACGCACACACACGCACACAAACAUGCGCACGUAUGUGCACGCACUAAUGCACACACGUGAGUUUCUGCAGGUAGAUCCAGCCUCUCUGAUGGUCCAAUCUGAUGUUUUCGAGAAAUAGCAAGGAGGCAGCUAGCGUUCCUGGUGUGGGGGGUGGCAUUUUCCCUCAUCAUCCAAAAAACUAUCUGGGCAAACUCAGCACCAGGGCUAGAAAGGAGGAUGCGGGGUCAUCAGGGAAAACGUGACCAAGGUUAGGGGGCAGGUAAUAGGCUUCUUCUGCCAAGAGACGCCUCCCAGCUCCCCAUCAAAUCAAAAACUGCGUUUCAGCCACUCCAGUCAGAAGGAGACAGUGGGGCUGGCCGGGCACCAUCUCCCACGCACCCGGGAGAUCCCCAGACCCACAUCUACGCCAGCCAGGACCCCGGGCCUCGCUGUGCCUCCAGAUCACUGUCCCUGCCCAGGCCUUGUCCCCUGGCUCUGCAGACACCCCAUUCACUAUGUCUACUAGAGGUUGUGCUGUAAAAGAAGACAAGUUUCCUAGAGUCACUGACGUUUAAAACAUGUAUUGGUUUAAUUUGUUCAGCUUGGCUGAUGGGUCCCCACCCACUGGAAGAGUCACGCCUGAGGUGGCCUUCAGAGUGAAUUUGCAGAUUACUUAGAGAUCCAAGUUGACAUAAGAGCCCCAUGUGGAGUCGCUGGGGGCAUUUCUGGUCAAUGCUGAGGGGCAGCCAUGUCACUGCAGAGAGACAUCUGUCCGGGCCCCCCUCUCUGGGCCUGGAACAGAAGAGGCCACCUUGGGGGACUCUUAUCUUCCCAUCCACCUGCUGAGCAUCAGACAGGGGCUACCUGGUCCUCACAGACUUGAAAAGUCAGAGGGGUGGCCAACCACCCAACGAGUGGGUGACACUCUGGUCACUGCCACCUGCAGCCCCAGAACACAUCACCAGGCUGGGGUGAUGCCCUGUCCCCUCCAGGAAACAAACACAGCACACCUACCCUGUGACCAACGCCACACCAGGCUCCCCAGCCCCGCCUUGCAGCACAAGCGCAGCACCAGGCGGUCAUCAGGUGAGUGCAGGCAGCUCUGGGGGCUCCUGGCCUGAAAAUUCAGCUGUUGAGAAAAUCCAUUUGUUCACGCAUGCAUCCAUUCAUCUCACCAACAAAUAUUUAGCCAGCUCCGUACCCAGGGCCCAGCUGGGAGCAGUUCCUGCUGUAGCCAGAGAUGUCGGGGAACAGGCAGUGUCUGAGGGAGAGGCUAGCAUCACUUGUGAAAUGACUAGUUGUGCCUAACAGUUAGGGAUGCUCGAAUCCACAAAGAGAAUAAGUGACCUUGGAGGUGGCAUUGUCCCCACCCCCACCCCUGCCCCCAAGUUUCCAGUCCAAGAUGCUGCCGGAGAGUUGGUGCUAGAUAGAUGCUUGGUGAGUGAGGGGCUUUGACUAUUAGUCACACUGUACCUAAAACUCCUAUCAUCACGUCAAAGCCCUAACCCAUUUUCCCUUGAUGGACUGACAUUCAGGGCUGCUGCAGUGCCCACCUCCCGGGGGCACUGUUUCUAUAGGCGGCACUGUGAACAGCAACCCUGGGUUUGGCAGGGAGGUGCCCUGUGAAUUGCCCUAAACUGCCCUCCAAAAUGUGCAGGAUCCCAUCAAAGUCAGGGAACGCUAGUGGGGGAUCACCACUCACGUGAUCCAAAGGUACAGACCACACAGCCUCCAUGGGCAUCCAGUGUGGCCACAGCUGCAACCAAACUGGGCCCCGAGAGAAGCUCUUCUUGGAAGCCCGCCUCGGGUUCUCACCUCGGUUCCUCCCUGUCUCUUUCCCGUCUUCUAGGUGAAAGCUAAUGGGAUACAGCACAGUCAAAGAACCAAACAGAGUCUGGGUGAUGGGCAGUAACUGAGUGGGGACCGUGGGGGGAGAGGCUCAGUCUGUGUCCUCCCCAGGGUCAGCCGGGCAUGGGCCCGCAUGCACGGUGGGGCAGACUCGUCCCUCUCCCCUGUAAACCCCCACUUCACGUGAGCAGGCGUGGGGUCUCUCUGAGAGCUGAUACUCGGGAAAACCAAAAACCAAUAAUAUUCCUAAUAAUAAUAAUAAUAAUAAAAUGUAAUGAUGAUGAUGAUGUGUUUUACACGGACCGCUGUUGCACUGCUUUUGUCUUUAUAUACAGUAGUUUUUAUAAAGAUGUCCUUAGGUUUUAAUAAAGGAGUGUC